AUGGUUGCACGCAUCAGCAUAGCCUAUAUUCAGUCACUAGGUUAUAAGGAGUCGGAUCUGUACCUGAAUUCUUCAGAUCCAACAUGUGCAUCUCAGAUUUCACAAUCCUAUAUUAUUUUCAAUAUACCAUUUAGUGGCUGCGGCACAGUGAGACAGCAAACAAAUAAUAACACAAUAAUAUACUCAAACAUCAUCAGGACACUCGUCUCAGGUUAUAUCAUUACAAGGAAGAGAAACUUUCAGUUACAUGUCAUGUGUGAAAUGAAUGAGAACACAGUUGUGGAGACAGCAUUUCUUGCCCAAGACGCGGUUGACAUUGUUGAGAGACAAUAUGGCCAUUACAACGUGACUCUUGCAUUCUAUCAAUCACCGUCUUUCACCUCUCCAGUUUAUGCGUCUCCGUAUUUUGUUGCACUUAAUCAGAAUUUAUAUGCCCAAGCUACUCUCUACAGUUCCGACUCAAAUCUGGUACUAUUUGUAGAAACAUGUGUAUCUUCUCCAUACGCUGAUAACUUCACAACUUUGACCUAUGACUUAAUCAGGGAUGGAUGUACACAGGACUCUACCUACAGAAGUCUGUAUUCACCAAGGAAUAAUGAAGCUCGCUUCCAGUUCAACUCUUUUAAGUUUCUUAAUCAACACAAUGAAGUUUAUCUGCAGUGCAAGCUAGUCGUGUGCCAGGCAGAUGACCUCUCCUCCCGAUGCUACCAAGGAUGUUUAACUAGAAGAAAGAGGGAUGUGAGUGAAACUCAGGAGAAGGUGGAGGUUGUUGUUGGACCAAUCAAGCUCCAGGAAGAAGACAAGGAAAAAAGAAAACAGGACCUGGUUAAGACUGUACAGCCAGAGAAAGGUGAUCCACUCAUCCCACUUACUGUUGCUGCUGCGCUGCUAGCUGGCAUGGUCUUUGUUCUGGCUGGCUUUCUUUUAAGCAUUAAACUCAAAAGAA